AUAAACAACUUUCAGGAAAAAGACCGGCUCCCAAGCAACCACAUCAAAGAUAUCAUCGUACAUACUUUUGCUACUUAUAGAAUUUUUAAUAAUACCGCAUUGAUUUGCGUCAUGUUUCUGGUGUCAUCGUUGUUGAUUUUCUUGAAUUUUCACUCGAUAUCAUCUGCAGGCGAGCUAGAGGCGGACUUGAAUGGCUAUGUUUUGUAUUGCCCAUGCAUGGGACGUUUUGGCAACCAAGCCGAUCAUUUUUUGGGCUCCCUGGGAUUUGCUCGUGGACUAAAUAGAACUCUGGUUUUGCCUCCAUGGGUUGAAUACAGACCUAAUGAAGUUAAAUCUCAUCAAGUGCCCUUCGAUUUUUACUUUGACGUAAAGCCUUUGGAGGAAUUUCACCGUGUCAUCACCAUGGAAAAAUUCAUGCGAGAGUUGGCACCUAAAAUCUGGCCUCCCGAGAAAAGAAUAUCCUUUUGCUACAUGGCCAGGAACAGCAUUGCCAACAAGGGUGGCAAAAAGGAAAUAAACGGAGGAUGCAACGCCAAAGACGGCAACCCAUUCGGUCCUUUCUGGGAUACAUUCAACAUUGACUUUGUUGGAUCUGAAAUGUAUGCUCCACUGCACUACGAUGUGCACCACGGCAAAGCAGCUGAAAAGUGGAAUGAAAAGUACUCUCCCAGCAAGUGGCCGGUUCUUGCCUUCACUGGUGCCCCUGCCAGUUUUCCUGUCCAGGAAGAAAAUAGAGGGCUUCACCAGUAUUUAAAAUGGUCAGAACCUGUUCGAUCAGCAGCCAUGAGCUUCAUCCACAAGGAAUUGCCAAAUGCUCCAUUCAUUGGUAUUCACCUCAGGAAUGGAAUGGAUUGGGUGAGAGCUUGUCAGCACAUUCCAGAGACGAGAAAUUUGUUUUCGUCCCCCCAAUGCCUUGGCUAUAAUAACGAACACGGAACAGCGACUCCGGCUAUGUGUAUGCCCAACAAAGAGAUCAUCAUUCGACAAUUGAGGCAGCUGCUGAAGAAUGGCAAUUUUGAAUCAAUUUUUGUUGCCUCAGACAACAAUCAUAUGUUAAAAGAACUUGCAAAUGCGCUGAAGAAGUUCAAUGUGGUUGUGAAGAAGCUGGAACCAAGCAAUCCCCAUGUUGAGCUUGCAAUACUUGGAAUGUCAAACCACUUUGUUGGAAAUUGUGUCUCUUCAUUUUCUUCUUUUGUAAAGAGAGAAAGAGAUUCACGAGGACUUCCUUCUUCAUUUUGGGCAUUUCCAGACCAACGUUCGACAAAAAAAUCUGUUCGCCAUGACGAAUUUUAAAUAAUGCGCAAUUAUGGGCUAAGGACGUCCCAUCUCGCUGCAUUCAAUUCCUCAGUCAUGGCAACAUCUACAGAAGAGAAAUCUCUGCUAAGAGGAUUUGUCGGUUUUCAAAAUGACAACGUCCAGGAAAUAAACAUUUUUGUGACUGAAGAAGGUGCAUCGCUCUCGGAGCGCAUAGAAUUAGGAGGUAUAUUAGAAGAAAGUAAAUUGGAGGUACCAGUCGUCACCAUUCGUGUGCCCGUUGAUGCUGACGAUGACACUGAAUCCUGCAACAUUGAGCUAAAAUAUGUACCAAAAAGCCUUGUCCACGAAGAGAUUACCUUGAAAGACGAAAAGCCUACGAUCGUCAUUAACCCAAACCAGGCGCCAGCAGUCUUGAAACCCCCAGCAAAGGCACCAUUACCAAAAGCAAUAAAAUCAGCAAUCACUAGGCCAAAGACCUGCCUGUCGCCAAUUAAGCUAUUGCCCAUUAAAUCAAAUAAGGUACCUGUUUGGAAACGACUAACGCCGAAGGCUCCAGGGACAGUUUCUAAUUUCUUCUACCCCCAUGAGAUACGACCCAAUCGCAGCCGGCUGAUUAUCGACUGUCCAACAAACAUCCCUGUGCCAGAAUUCAAGUCGCAAUUGGCGGACACUUCAGACAUUGUGUCCAGCAUGGAUCUGGCACCUUCAACAAAAAAGAAAGUAAAGGAGCUCAACACAAACAGUGUUUCAAAAUUGUUUGCUUAUCCUGGGAAGUGUCAUCUUAGUCCUAACCUUCGACGACUUUACCAAAGGCACCUUACAAGCAAAUUUACUGACCAUGAGCCAGUAACCGACCUCAAUCUGCCUUCCCUGGACAUCAGUAGUGUCCCACGCAACCCUAGAAAGACUGUUGCAGCCCUUAAUGGUGCUUUGCAAAAUAAAAAACUUGCUUCUGUUGCUCCUCCAGCAAAGAAGCAGAAAAAGGAAGUCAAGACAAAAGUUUUACCAGAGCAACAACAGCAAGUGGUGCGAUUUUUUGUGAAGUCCGAUGACAAUUCAGAGCCGCAAGAGAUUAUUGUGCUUCAGGAAGGUGCUGAGA